UCAUUGGGAUGAGUUUUUCCCACACCUGUAAAUGGAACUGAACCCCAAUCUCAAAAGUCCUAUUCCAAUUGUUGGCCGGUUAUCCCAAGCUGCUGCUUGAUGUGUAACGCAGGAAAAGGUGGUGUGAAGCUCCCAGGUUCAGUUCCACUGGUGUUCAGAGCAACUCAGUAUUCAUGCAUGCUGCUUAGCUAUAUUUUAGAGCGUAAGACUCACCGGGAGAAAGUGGUUAUGAAGCUCAGACUUCUGGAAUCGAGCAUGAGCUCAGGACGCAAGAUGUUUCGGCUUGGCAAUAUCGUGCACGCCAUGGUGGCAACCCAUCAAGCUUCCCGGUUGCCCUACGCCAUUCCUCGCUUCUGCUUGACUGCCUCCAACAUCAACCGGGUUAUGUACUUUGCCUGUGACACCGUCUUGUGGGUGAAGAGCAUUGGGCUCAUCUCGGAGAUCAACCAGAAGAAGUGGCGCAACUGGGCAACCAAAUGCUACUACUAUUCCCUGGUGAUUAACCUGGUUAAGGAUUUUUAUGAGCUCUGCUGGCGCAUGAAGCAGACAGCGUGCAGCCAGAAGCCUGAAAAGGCCUUGACUCCUGGCAGGCAGAAACUCCAAUUCCUGACCAACAGUGAGCUACAGACUUUUCUCCUGCUUGUAUUCCUCACGUUGAAGAACUAUCCACCCCUCUUGCUGGAUACGGUGAAGAACCUCUGUGAUAUCUUUAGUCCUUUGGACCGUCUGGGCAUCUACAAGACCAACCCUGGAGUUAUAGGGUUGUGCGGGCUUAUCUCUUCCCUGGUGGGAAUCCUUACUGUGAUGAGGCCGCACUUACGGUUGAAACACUGAUCUUCUCUCAGGGCUUCCCUUUUGCACGGUGGCGUUUCAAUACUUCGUGCGUAUUGUCUUCCCUCUCUUUGAUGAUGGAGUUUUGUCCCAGUUGAAUUCAUUCUUCUUUCCUUGUGCUGUCGCAUUGGGCAGCCCAAAUGACAUGGGUUAAGUUUGGAGAAGGGUAAAAGGCCCCUCGACUGAAGAUUUUUCCCCGGCUGUGCAACAGAACAAGCAAAACUGUCACUACUCAAGAUGAGACGGUAUCAACCCUUGGGUGAGGAACCGGUCAGUCUUUUAUCCUGGGAUAGAGAGACGAGCAGAUUCGAAGUUAAUUUGAAACAGAAUUGCCUUUUGUUAAGUUUAUGUAAUUUCUUCCCUCCCCAUCCCAGCAUUGGUUUGUAUAAGGAUUUAUUGCUGUUAUCUGGGAUGAAUUCCGGAGCUUAACAAAACCUUCUUUAACCAGAAACAUUUAGACUUACAUGUUCACAGGCAACCCAAUUGCUGCCUCUAGCUAACUUUUAGCUAUUCUUGUUUCUGGUCAGACUGUGAAGUUUUUAAUGAUUUUUGCUUUUAUGCCGUGCUCAUUCUUUUUGCCUGUGAAAUGAAUUUAUUGGAUUUAUAAACCAUAUAAAUCCAAUAAAUGAAAUGAAAUCAAGAUGGGCAUGUGUUCAUCAAAAACACUUUUGAUCUCCCGGAAGAAAGGUAUACAGCAGUGAUGGCGAACCUUUUCGGCACCAAGUGCUGAAAAGGAAGCACACACAAGCGUGUCUGGGUUGCAACCCAGAAGAGGAGAUGCCCAGGGCGCAUGCAUGUGCCCGAAAAUGAACUUCCGGUUUCAGCUACUGAACUUCCGGUUUCAGCCAGCUGCUCUUCCUGGUUUCCGGUGCGCAUGCUCACCCAGGAAAACGGAAGAUCAGCUAGAAGAUUUUCUAGUUUCUGGCACUGCCGCAUGCAAAAAGGCCAGCUGUUUGUCGCGCACACAUGCGCGCCAGAAACCCAGAAGAGGAACGGGUGACGCCACAUGUGCCAGGCGACAUGGCUGCGUGUGCCACUUCGGGCAUGCGGGGCACAGGUUCGCCAUCACGGGUAUACGGUAUGAAGCAUUGUUUUCAGGGGUUCAGUGUGCAGUGGAGGUGAGGGAGAAGUGUUUUUGUGUCUAUGUGUGUGUGUUUGUACUUAAUCUAUGCAUUGCUAGAAAUGAGGCCGUUCACCUUGGUUGGCGGAUGGGACAAAGAAACAGUAUUGUGCCUUUUUUCUUCAGCAUUCCGAUUCUGAAAUAAGUGCCAUUGUAUUGCCAUUGUAAAUAAAAGAACAUCUAAACCUU